AUGAGAGGCGAAUUCAAGAACAAGGUUGAGUAUGCUGGCGGGAAGUCGGUGGUAAUGGAGUACACGGUCCCCAUGAUCGAAAUAAUAUCCACCUUUUUUGACAACCUGAAAUCCAUAACCAACGGUUUCGGGUCGUUUGACUAUGAGGGGACGGUAUACCGUGAAAUAGAUCUGUGUAAAUUAAGAGUGGUGAUAAACGGUGAAGAAGCGCCAGGUCUAGCUAUGUUAGUGGCUAAGGACAACGCAUACAAGUCUGGCAAACUUCUCGUAGAAACUCUGAGGGACGUUAUUCCACCUAAACAGUUCAAGAUACAUUUGCAAGCAGCAAUAGGUAAACGUGUCAUUGCAGCAGUCAGCAUCCCAGCUAUACGUAAAAACGUCACUGAGCGUUGUAGCGGUGGAGACCCUUCACGCAAGAAGAAACUACUCGACAACCAGGCAAAGGACAACUAUGACGGCUUCAGGCUAGAAGCUGACAGACAAAUCACCAGUAACAUGCAAGUCAGCCAUUCGUUAUUCCUAGGAACCAUAAUGAGUGAACUGGGAUAUCUCUAUCAAAUUGGAACCAACUAUGCCAGUUCUGAUGGAAACUGCCUGGCCAUGGCAAAAAUAGGACUCGACGGUAUGAUCACCGCAAGAGCAUUUUCUAAACAAGGUGACUAUGAGAUCAAGGGUAGUGGGAAUUCAUUUUUGCGCUACGACACUCGCAACGCAUACGAAGCUGGUGUCGACUACGUGGGAAACGGAUGGACAGCCUCGCUAAAGGGUGCCUGGCAAGGAACGUGGAUACUUAACGCAGCUUACACGCAACAACUAUUGCCCAGUCUAACACUAGGUUCCGAACUCACCUAUGUUGUGGCUAACGGUACAUCCAUAGGUGCAAUCGCAGGGCGAUAUGUCUCGGGGGGACACAUAUUUACAUGCCAAUGGUCGAAACAGCCAAACUUCAAGAGCAUGGAUUACACAAUACAAGAAACAGAUACCGCCAGAAUGCAAUACGUAAGACGCAUCAACGAAAGGCUUGCACUAGCGACCGAAUUAGAAGUCACACCUGCUACGAAGGAAUCGGCCCUGCAUCAUCUGUGUAACGACGAAUCGUCAAACAUUGAUUCCACGAGCUCGAGCGAUGAGACAUAUGCGUCGGCGCGUUGUGAGGAAGAUGAACAGCGCAACAUAAACGACACAUCGCCAACAGAUUCUAGAACACAGACACACUCGCUGUCGCCAAGCGUCCACUCUGACAUACAGUCACGCAGUGCAGACGGUGAUGGCUUAACUGAUGGGGAUUCAGAUGGCUCGUCAUCCGAAGAUGAGCCUGUUGCAGAAGCAGAUCCGUUCGAAGGAUUCACAACGGUUGGUCACAGCAAUGGAGGAGGGAAAACUUGGGGAAAGUCGGUAUUCAGCGCAUUAAAUAUUUAUAAUAAGGCAAGUAAACUGGUGAGUAAAACUCUGAUGUCUCCGAGGGAACCGGAGACGGAAGCAGAUGCUGAUGCUGGACCAUGGGACGACUUCGCUUGUCCCCAAAGUGCUGCCAACAAUCUGCGCAUUAUUACAGGCGAAAUCAGCGGUCCUGAGGAUAUGCACGUCGCAUUGCAAAAUCGGGGGUUCUACACGAUUUUCUUGAGAACGCAGAGAGCUGUGGAUAGGAAAAAACAAGGCAUAGAUGUAUUCAAGGUCAAGUUCACAUAUAAAAUACUAGACUUCAAGAGACAAAAGAUAGAAGUAAAACCAAACGGAGGAGCGUUCAUAACUCAUGGUGUAUUCGGAGAUGACAACUUCUCUUUCGCCAACCAGGGGACAGUUACUGUCACAUCAAAAGCAACCAAGAUAUUGCUAAUAUACGCAACACAGGAUGCAAUCGGAGAGUUCUCAAUAUCAUCCAAUCUAUUAAAUAUGAAGCCCACGGUAUUUUAUAGGAUAGUACAUUGUGGAUGGUGCUCACCAGUGCCUCUCAGCAUUUCACCAAGGUUCAAGCUACGCAUACUGUCGAUAGACAGCUGCGAUAAUCUGGGCACUACCGCUCUAGCCGCAUUAUAUGCCAUAGAGCAACGACUGAGCUCAAUACAAGGUAUAAACUCCAAUAUAUCGGACUAUUUCGACCUUAUUUGUGCAUCUGGAUCAGGUGCUAUCAUCGCACUAUGUUUACUCAAGGGAUACUCUGCCAGGGAACUAAGGGUACAGUGGCAGAGUAUACUAGAGCAGCUCUUCAAGUGGAGGCAUUCAAUGACCUACGGAUUAAUAUCCGAUGACGCCAACGUCAACAAUUUUGUCCGAUCAUGGAUAGAUAUACUAGGCACAGAUUUUAUGUGCAGCAAACCAAGGCCCUUGUGCGCCCUCACUUCCACAAAUGUUAAGGCUACAAAACGUGAGCUGUUUGUAUUCCGGAACUAUACCAACGUCUAUGCCUCCUACGGGAAAACAGCCAUCGCACCUAUGUGGCUCGCUGGCUGGGCGUCCAACGCUUUACCCACCUAUAUGAAGUAA